AUGCACAGCAAGGUAGUCAUCAUCGGCUCAGGGCCGGCCGCCCACACUGCCGCGGUGUAUCUGGCGCGGGCCAACCUGAAGCCCGUCCUCUAUGAGGGCUUCAUGGCCAACGGCAUCGCCGCCGGCGGCCAGCUGACGACCACCACCGACGUCGAGAACUUCCCCGGUUUUCCCGAUGGCAUCAUGGGUCAGGAGCUGAUGGACAAGAUGCGCGCCCAGUCCGAGCGGUUCGGCACCGAGAUCAUCUCUGAGACCAUCGCCACACUCGACCUUUCCUCCCGUCCGUUCAAGUACACCACCGAGUGGUCCCCCGAGGACACUCGCACUGCCGAUUCCGUGAUCAUCGCUACUGGCGCAUCCGCAAGACGGCUUGGUCUGCCCGGCGAGGACAAGUACUGGCAAAACGGCAUCUCUGCCUGCGCUGUCUGCGACGGUGCGGUGCCAAUUUACCGCAACAAGCCUCUGAUUGUCAUUGGUGGUGGUGAUUCUGCGGCCGAGGAGGCUAUGUUCCUGACCAAGUACGGUAGCCACGUCACAGUUCUCGUACGGAGAGAUCAGCUGCGUGCCAGUGCUAUCAUGGCCAAGCGGCUGCUGGAGAACAAGAAGAUCACCGUGCGGUGGAAUACCGUCGGUGUGGAGGUCAAGGGUGACGACAAAGGCUUGAUGAGCCACAUGGUUAUCAAGAACAUCAAGACCGGCGAGGAGGAGACUAUGGAGGCAAAUGGUCUCUUCUAUGCCAUUGGCCACGAUCCGGCCACAUCGCUGGUUAAGGGACAGGUUGAGACAGAUGAGGAUGGAUACAUCAAGACCCAGCCAGGCACCCCACUUACCAGCAUAGAAGGUGUCUUUGCUGCGGGUGAUGUUCAGGACAAGAGAUAUAGACAAGCUAUUACCAGUGCAGGUACCGGAUGCAUGGCUGCUCUAGAAGCCGAGAAAUACCUGGCUGAGCACGGCUUAGACGAGGAGACGGAGGAAGUCCGAUCUGGUAAUUAG